GCUCCGUCCGAACAAACUGCAGAAACCAUAUGCCACGAAAGAUUUGUUGUCUUUGAAGAAGUCAUCCACAAGUUUCUUCACAUCGGCUGCCUUAGUUGUUGUUGUAAGGCUUACAAAAUAAAAAAUCUUCCUUUAAUCACGUCGUCUUUCACAUAGCGCACGAAUACAGCAAGCUGGCUUAGAUUGGAAACGUCUGUGGUCUCGUCGAGUUGAAGGCUGAAUUUUGCCGGGCUUGAAAUCAGAUCUGCAACUACUUGAGCCAAGAUGUCUUUGCUCAUGUCCUCUAUUCUGUCACUGAUGGUGUCAUUUGAAAGAGGAAUUUGGGAUAACUUAACUUCAGCCUCUUUUCCCAGCAUGAUAUUCGCCAUCUUCAACACAGCUGGUUUUAUGAGUGUUUCACCAAUGGUGUGUGGUUUGCCCUGCUUUGCGAUCAGGUAAGCAACUUCGUACGAUGCUGGGAGGAUCGGUUUGUUGAUGGUUACAAAGCCGAGAACAGGCAGAGUAGCCUCGAAUCUGGCUCUCUUCACCUUGAAUUCAGCGAGCGUUGUGUUCUUGUAUUUUCCAUCUCCAUGCAGCUUAAGGAAGUGUUCUCUUAGUUUUGCCGGUGCUAGACUAGAAUUGCUCAACUUGGCAUUGCAAAUCAUGCAGUUAGGACACUGACUCCCAUCACGUUCCGUUAUACAUGUGAAUCCAUAUUGUACAUAUUCGUCCGACCACUUUCUUUUUUUGCUCGACAUAGUAAGUAUGAAGGGAUUAAAAUAUUAAGAAAGAAAUCACAAGACGUACCAUCUCGACAGUCACAAGUCGACUACUGAGCGCACCAAAUUCCCUGCAGCACAGAUAGGCCAAGCGAUGUAGCGUGAUCACCUGCAGCCAAUGAUGGCCAAGCGGAGCGUGUCAUCACGAAUCAUAUGAAUCGGAUGUGUGUCUUGACCUCCGCCGAACCCCUGAGACUGACUCACCGAACCCCUGGGGUUCGAUCAAACUCAGGUUAAGAACCACUGGUAUAGACUGAGGGAGUGUUUGACCAGCUGUUAAAAAUAUAAUCUCUCUCCCUUCACCAUGUCGUUUCUGUACAGGGUGCGGUCCUGGGGGCCAUGGCCCUUUUGUCGUCCUACUGGUGUGAGGGCAGUCAGAAGGUCCCCAAGCCCCUCUGCUCGGCCAACAAACUGACCAAAUGCAUACCUGUGCCCGGGGUCUCGCAUAACUCCACCUCCAUCCAGUUCUCCUGGGAGACGGGGGACGACCGCUUCGUCUUCUCUGCCUUCCAUGCAGGCAUGUGGAUGAGCUGUGAGGAGAACAUCUACACUGACGCCUGGGGGUUACUGGGAAUGGUGGCUCACAAGAUGUUCAUGCAGGUGUUUCAGACUACUGCCUCUAUGGGUCCAGAGGACUUCAAACCACACAGCUAUGGCUACUCCUGGGGCUUUUAUGUGGCAUGGCUGGCCUUUACCUGCUGCAUGUUGUCAGGAGUCUCCACCCUCAACAACUACACCAAGAAGACUGUAAUGGAGCGGAGGUGCAAAGCCCGCCUCUACCCCCCUCGAUUCCCUGACAUAGAGCCCCUGCUUCCCCCGGCCCCCUACUACUGCCCUCCGCCCCCACAUGUCCCCACCAUCCCCAGAACUUUCACCCUACUAUGACUCCCCUUCGCCACCCCCAACCUCAUCACCCCGUCCACUCACCCUCUCCCACUGGUACACACUCCCCCACCCUGAAUACUUCCCACCUCCCCAGUCCCAUCCUGUUCCCGUCCCCCUAUCACCGCCACUC